AUGCCGGGCCCCGCCGCCACGCAGCCCUACAAGCUGGCGCUGCCGCCCGCGCUGCUGGCGCGCACGCUGCACAACAUCGCCUACAUCAUGCCGGGCCCCGCCGCCACGCAGCCCUACAAGCUGGCGCCGCCGCCCGCGCUGCUGGCGCGCACGCUGCACAACAUCGCCUACAUCAUGCCGGGCCCCGCCGCCACGCAGCCCUACAAGCUGGCGCCGCCGCCCGCGCUGCUGGCGCGCACGCUGCACAACAUCGCCUACAUCAUGCCGGGCCCCGCCGCCACGCAGCCCUACAAGCUGGCGCCGCCGCCCGCGCUGCUGGCGCGCACGCUGCACAACAUCGCCUACAUCAUGCCGGGCCCCGCCGCCACGCAGCCCUACAAGCUGGCGCCGCCGCCCGCGCUGCUGGCGCGCACGCUGCACAACAUCGCCUACAUCAUGCCGGGCCUCUAG